AUGCAAAACCUCAGACGUUCACUUCAGAACAAAACCUCAUCAGGCGGCCUCUCUCCCAACCCCAACCGCGCCAGCCCCGCAGCCCUAGCGCCUCCCCGCAAAGUCAUCAAGGCCCUCUACGACUACAACUCCCAGCAGACCGAGGAACUCUCCUUUACCAAGGGUGAUUUUUUCCACGUUGUCGGCAACGAGGACGACGAGGACUGGUACGAGGCCGGCAACCCUGUCACGGGCGCCCGCGGCUAUGUCCCCGUUGCAUACUUCCAGAUCCUCGAAAAGAACCAGAGAAACAGUAAUCAGAGUCUCGAGGAAGAGCAGCAGCAGCAACAGCAACAGCAGCAACAACAGCAGCAGCAACAGCAACAUCAACAACAAUUCUACCAACAGCCACAACAGUCGACUCCGGCCCAAUCAUCGCCCACCCCUGCCGCGCAAAAACCCUUGCCAAAAUGCCAGCCAUUGUACGGAAUCGUCCUUUACGACUUUGGAGCAGAGCGGGCCGACGAAUUAGACGCCAAGGUCGGCGAUGCCAUCCUGGUCAUUGCCCAGUCGAACGAGGAGUGGUACGUGGCCAAGCCCAUUGGUCGCCUUGGAGGUCCAGGAUUGAUCCCCGUCAGCUUUGUUGAGAUCAGGGAUAUGGCGACCGGGAAGGCGAUCAAUGUCCCGGAAAUGCUCCGACAGACAGGAACCGCUAUCCCUCGCGUGGAAGAGUGGAAGAAGCAGACCAUGGAUUACAAGGCCAACAGCAUUCCUCUUGGAAAGAUCGAUUCGAACGAGGCACUCCAGAAGCAACAACAGGCGAUUCAACAACAGCAACAGCAACAGCAGCAACAACAGCAGCAUCAGCAACACCAACAGCAACAACAUUUUUCAACCAUGCCGCCCCAGGCCCAGUCACCUAUUCACCCACAACAGUUUAUACAGCAACAACAGCAGCAUCUUCAGGGCUCGGGGCCCACUAUUCAGCAACUCAAAAACAAGAUGUCAAGAGACCUCAAACCGCUUCAGAGUCAACCUAUAAUGCGCCGGCUUCCAUCACAGGAACUUGAACCAAGCCGACGCCAGACUGGAAGAGAAGAGACCACUAGCUCUCUUAGACCAACUGGGGCUGGAUCAUCUCGGAGCAACAACGGAGAUUCUCACAGCAGCAACGGCGGCAGCUUUCACGACCAGGAUCUGUCGAAUGUCAUUGUUGAGGCCUCGGUCGACUCAUUCCACCUUGAGGACGACCAGUACUGGUUCUCGGUUUCUAUCGACCUGGCUUCGGGCGCCACACGGAGAUUGCUGCGCCUGUACGAAGACUUUUACAACUUUCACAUCGCCCUUUUGGAAGAGUUCCCGGUCGAGUCUGGCCGUGUCGGAGAUCAGCCCAGGAUCCUUCCCUUUAUGCCGAUCCCAUUACAGGCGGUAGAUGAUGCAGUGACGGCGACUCGCCAGGUCGAUUUGGAUGGCUAUGUCCAGGACUUGUGCAAGCUUCCGACAAGGAUCAUUCAGCACCCCUUGGUCAACCAGCUGUUUGGACUGAGAGAGGGCGACACAGAAACACCAGCACCACCAGUAAUAGGCAUCAGUCCCAACAUGGGAUCGUCUUCGCCCUCGAUGGGUCGCUUGACGCCCUCCAACGGCAUGUUCAGCUCUUCUGGAUCCCGCCAAUCCCCCUCUGUGGCGGCACGAGCCGUCUUUUCCAACAGCAAAUCGCAGCAAGGACCAGGCAGCCAUCGUGGCUAUAAUGACGACUCUGGGUCGAUGAGCGGCUCCCCCAGUCUGCGAUCCGCAUCCUCGUUCUCAACACCGACGAUUGGCAGCACGAGCGCGGACGAGUUUAUCAAGCUGAAGGUGUCAUACCAGGACGACAUUUCGGCGAUGAGGAUACCCGUCUUGGUCUCCUUCCAAAACCUCCAACAAAAGAUCUUUGAGCGUCUGGAUUGUGAUCCCAAGCCAUUGAGUUACCGUGACAGCCAUGGUGACUUUGCCACCCUGCAGACCGAUAUCGAUGUUCGUGAAGCUAUCGACCAUUGCGGUGGCAAGCUUGUGAUCUAUGUAGAUUAG